AUGCCGUCCUCGUACGUGUGUCUUCUCCACUCCAGCAAUGGCUGCUACACGGACGAUCUAGUCGGCAACGCGCUGCGGUGUGUGCAUGCGGUGCAGUCCAGCGUGCGCGCCAGCGCACCCGACUUCAUCCCAUUAAUCGCCGUCUUCUUUGCGGACCCGUACAGAGGCACCAAGUGCGUGUACUCCUCGGCCGUGCCGGACCGCAACCACGCCCUGGAUCGGGUGGGGGCCACUUACCCCGCCUUGUCAGAUGCGACAGGGUCGGUGUUCUCGCCCGAAGGGGACGGCGGGGACGGGGGGACGGAGAGUGAUGCCGCAGAGAGGACCCUCGCCUUUGCGCAGCUCUUUCGUUUUCGCUCUCCUCUAAUCCUUCAGCAGGCGGUACUGCGGGCGGCACAGGAACACAACAACACCAUGCUAACUGCCAGUGCAAAGGACGACGCCUCUUCCGUGAAGGGAUUCAGAGAGCCCUCAGCUGCAGUCUCGGCAUCUGCAUCACUGUCCUCUGAUGCCACAAACAUGUGGAGCUCUCUGGCAGGGGCACUACUGGCCUCACUCUGCUAUCUGCGCGCGCACCCGAGCACCGCGUUUCGGGCGGCGGCUAGGGAUGAGGCAGAAAACGGGGCUGGAGAGACGCCUGCUGAAGCGGCUGCCGGCGACUCUACCAGCAGCGGUGACGUAAAUUCUGCACCUCCACCGCGUAGUGCUGGGAGCAUUCUUGUGUUCAGCGACGCUAGUGCAACUGAGGUGCCGCCAUACAGCGCAGAGUGCGCUCUCGCCGUGGCGGCUAUGACGGCAAGCAAGAUGGGUGUGACUGUGUCGUGCUUCGGCGAAGCCGUACUGCAGACCGACUCGACGGAGAACCGCCUCGUGGCACUAGCUUCAAGCCUCGGUGGCUUCUGCGCUGCCCGGUUCAGUUUUCAUGACCUCGGCCACCUGCUGGAUGGUGCGAGUGCUGCCAUGUCGCUCAUCGGCGGCCGGGCCCGCCAGAGGCGGGACCGUAUUGCAUCUCAGUACGUUGUGGGCCCUACGAUGCUGCCGCGGGUGCCUCCGCGAGUAUGUCGCGCGGCGGAUGUUGCCUCAACAGAGGACUCGAUGCUCGACUUAAAGAAAGCCAGGACAGAGAAUGCCGAUACCGCAAUUGCACCUCGCGCGAAGGACAGUGAGUACGCCUCCUACUUGGGCUGGUUGUGUCCUUCCUGCAUGGCAGUCAUCUAUCGGUCCUCAACGGAGAUCACCACUUCGGACGCCCGCGCCGAGGACGGCGGCGGCAGAGGUACGGGGCAGGCGAUGGGCCCUCGGUGUUCUUAUUGUUGCAAGGUGUGA